AUUUACGCUCUGCAGACGACCUCUCCAUUGCCUGGUGGCGAAAACAUCAACUGUUAACAUUCUCUGCCGUGGCCAUCAUGUGGUCUGUAAACUUUCUGGGAGUUUUGGUAAAUAAAUCAAGUUUGUUUCUUUUGUUUUUUCAUAAUAUAUUUGUGACUUUUUUUUGUUAAAUGUUCAGUUUUGUUUCGUGGCGUAGACUGUGAUGACAUUUAAAAGUUUCUCUUAUUUACAGUUUGGGGGGGGGGGGGGUUGUGGGGGGUUUUUUUUUUUUUGGUGGGUUUUUUAAAAUCAUGAUUUAAAUGUCAACUCAGUCUUUGUUUCAAGUUAACGAAAAUCGUUGUUUCAUACUUUAAGUUGUUGCUGACUUCUAACAUUACUGUGUAGCUAUGCCUCAGUGUACCACAGUAGAGUUCAAAUCGUGUCCGUAUAGGUUUACACCUAAGCCUACCGCCUUGAACAAGAAUGUACCACAAUUUAAGAAUCGCUGCCAAGUGUCAUAAGAACCCCAUAAUUUAAACAUAUUUAUGUUAAAGGUAUAAUUUUAUAGUUAUAGAUAGUAUAAUAUUCUUACAAAAUAAUUAAAUGGCUAAUUGUUGUCUUUGCACCGGGGAGAGUACACUACAGAUUGUCUUUUUUGAAAACGUUCUCCCCUCUAGAUGAAUCAUAAAUAUCUAUAGUGCAAAAAGGGGUUGGGGGGGGGGACUGCGAUCAGGUCAAGUCAAAGAAAAUAAGUCGUUCAAGGUAGGGGAAAACCCUGAAAGGGGACAAAAUGAAAUAUCGCAAGUGUCAGCAAAAACAAAAUCCUUCUUCAGCAAACAAAACCAAAGCACAACAAAAAUAAACUGAACAAAACCGAAGCACAACAAAGUAAACUGAACAAAACCAAAGCACAACAAAAUAAACUGAACAAAACCAAAGCACAACAAAAUAAACUGAACAAAACCAAAGCACAACAAAAUAAACUGAGCAAAACCAAAGCACAACAAAAUAAACUGAACAAAACCAAAGCACAACAAAAUAAACUGAACAAAACCAAAGCACAACAAAAUAAACUGAGCAAAACCAAAGCACAACAAAAUAAACUGAACAAAACCAAAGCACAACAAAAUAAACUGAGCAAAACCAAAGCACAACUAAAUAAACUGAGCAAAACCAAAGCACAACAAAAUAAACUGAACAAAACCAAAGCAUAACAAAAUAAACUGAACAAAACCAAAGCACAACAAAAUAAACUGAACAAAACCAAAGCACAACAGAAUAAACUGAACAAAACCAAAGCACAACAAAAUAAACUGAACAAAACCAAAGCACAACAAAAUAAACUGAACAAAACCAAUUAAUCUGAUGCUGUGAAGAUUUCGAGAAAAAAAUUUAUAAUAACAACCCAGGCUCAGUAUAAAAAAAUAUACAAAUGAAGUUACCGGACGGUGGAUUAAGAUUAACUAUAAUCAUUCGUUGUUGUUUUUUUUUUCCUCACGUGUUCAAUCCUUAUUUUGAUUGGCAGCUCCUUGGGUUGACUAGUGUCCAGAUAUCGGACCAGAAAGCCUUGAGCAGGACCGGCCGCCUUUGGACUAUGUUCAAGUCUAGACACGCCAGGCAGGUCACAGAUGAACCUGUCACCGACUCCUUUCCAACCACCACCCCUGAGUCUGAGAUCAAACCCUACGACGAGACGCCCGUCACCUACAUCGAUCCGCCCCAAACCUCUCCUUACCCACCCCCUGACCCCAACGACGCUUGCGGCGGCUGCCCUCCAGGGGACGUCUGCGUCGAGGUCUAUCCCCCUUGCCAGCAAUUUACCCCUCCCCCUCCCCCACCCGAGUGCUUUGAGGAGAACCCUGACCCCAGCAUCGAUUGUGAUUGGCAACCGGGGGACUACAGUUACCACCAUUGUGACCUCAUUCCAAUCUGCGUCGAUUAUCGUUAUUACUCAUGGUAUGGAUAAAAGGACAUUCAUUACAAAUCACUGAUCUAGUGUUUGUACGCUGACGAAGGCUUCCUGUCGUCACGUUCGUUUUUGUGUUGCGUUCCUUUUUUCGGGUUUUCCCCAUACUUUGUUUUACUCAUUUCCUUUGUUGGCUUUUUUUUUUAAAAUUAUAAAUUUGUGUGGACGCUUGAUGUCCUCUUGAAAUUCUCCAAUAAAUUCAUUCAUGCAGUUUAUUGGCCUACUUAUUUUAUAAAAUGUUAAUGAAUUUUUAUAAUUUAUUUAAAUAGAAAUUCCGGUAUACGUGUAUUUUAAUUUUUGCAUUAAUAUUUCGUCAUUACAGCAAUUUUUAUUUUUUAUUAUUAUUAUUAAUUUUUUUUUUUUGGGGUCCAAGUGUAAGUCGUUGGCGGGUCCGGAAAUUUGUGGAAAUAAAGAAACCAUGUUAAACAUUCCUGUUCUUAUCAUUGGCGAAAAUGGUGUGUGUGAAUGUGUAAGACGUGAACGUGAAUUCUAAUGAAAUAAAGAGCGUUCCAUAAAACUGUUGAUUAGUAAAAAAUGUUGUGACUUCAAUCAAGAAAGUAAAAUUGUUGGUC